CAAAGAGUUGUAAUGGCCAAAGGCGUGUUUGGGUGUUUGUACGUUUGGGUCCAGUCAGCUCUCCUUUGAGUCUUAGUCUCCAAGUCAACAGGAUGAGGCCAACCAAUCAGCCAAUGAGAUCGAGAUUACUGGAUUACCAUGUCCCAAAGGAGCUUGUGUAAGAGGAGAGUUCCACUGUGGACACACACUGUCCCAGUCAGCACAUCCACAGCGAUCCCAGGAGCACCGGACCAAUGUGGCAGGGUGUGAGAGGGUGCAACAGCAGGACUAUGAUGGACACGGAGGAUCAGUGGACACAGGCCUUGGCUAGCAACAACGUGAGGGCCAUCCUGCGCUGGAUAUGCAGCCUUUCAGCUGAAGUGGGAAAUGCUGAUGUGGAGGCCAGCCUUGCUACUUUCAGCAGUUGGGUCCAGAGGACGGCUGAAGUUUCAAAGAAGGAGUUACUCACCCUUUGCUUCAGCCGUUGCCAGGGCCUGUGGAUGUUCCUGGACCACAGCUGCUUCACCAGGGUGCACUUGCUGCUGCAGCGGCUGAGGAACCUGCUUACCCUGGCUCAGUGGGGGAGGAGGCAGAGCGGCCUGACACACUUCUGGCACGGAUUGGGGAUCCCGUGUGUGGUCUGCAGGGCCGGGUGUGGAUCCUCAGCUGUGAGGCAGGACUACUGGAAUGGGAUACACAGAGCUCUGAAGCAACACAUCUGGCUGGGUCGGCUUGUACAGUGGUGGGGCAUCACCGGACUCCUGCCCAAGUAUCCCGAGGCUCAAGAAAUGAAGCGGAUCUAUCAGAUGUGGAGAGAGAUGGAUCAGAACCACCGCAGGGCUUCCCUCCACACUCUUGGAUGGGAGGAGGAGGGAAGGGAAAGGUGGAAUUCACUGAUCCAGGGUAUGGUGGCUCAGAUGGACCAACAACAUGGGCCCAUAUGGAUUUCUGAGGACUGCACAGACAAGGGCUAUCCACCCCCUAACCUGCAGGCUCUUCUGAAGCUGGUGCUGGUGCCUCGCAUCAACAACAUGUCUGUUCAGGCCAUUCUCAUGUACUUCAUCCUGGACAUGGCACAUUUCCUGCAGUGCAAAGAUGACCUCCUGCAGUCCUUUUGCCACGCCUUCAUCAUCCCUCCCAGCUUCUCCCAGCAGAUCCGGGCCUUCUGGCUCCUCGACCAUGGACACUUAUCGGGCUCCAUGGAGCUGCUGCUGAGCCCCAGGUCUGAACCACCCUGGUUCUCCUGGCAGCACCACUGCAUCAUCCACAGCCUGCUGAGGAGAAAGCACCUCCGCUUGGCGCUGAAGUACAUCUACUGGACCAGACUAGCCACAGACACCCCCCACGACCUGAAGCUCUGUGUGGACGUACUCCUACAGAACAGCCAUGUCUCAGAUGCAUGGGCCCUCCUGAAGAAAGGUCACACAGGAAGUAACGACAUGGUCAGGUACUUCCUCCAUGGAUGUGAGAGGCUUGGCCUAUGUGUGGCGGCUUCCGACUGCAUGGAAGCAAUAUGGAAGGAUGUGGGCCACUGUACUACUCAGUCGGAAGAGGCUGAAGGUCAGUGUGGAGUAGAGGGGCUUCCUCAGCGUAGGAGGACCACAGGGAUCUCUAUGGCAGUGAAAGAGCCAGGGGGUCCCAUUCAUCCGUUAUCUGCCCUGCUGUAUCAGUCUCAGAACAUCAACACACUCUCUUCAGAGGAUUUCAUCAGACUCCUCAGGGAAUCUAUGGUUGAACUGAGACAACCCCAGCCAACAGCAAGUGAGGAGGUGACAUGGCCAGGGGAGGAGCACCAAGAGAAGAGAGGGAGCUGUCGGAACCUGAGUCUGACCAUCCAGGCCCUUAGGCACCACCUCCCUAGACCCUCUCCAGUGGGUAUGAUGACUGACAGGCUGGGAGAGCAGGGAGACACAGAGCCACCUGAUCCUGACCUGCCUCUUAUAGCUGCGGGGAAACCCUGGACCCCGGCACAGCUCUCCUCUCAAUCCCUGUCCAAGGAGACCUCUGAAUCUAUGUUCUCUUUCACAUCUUCCCCCUCACUGCCCUGCCUGAGACCGGGCAUCCCAUAUGUGUAUGGGAGCACAGUAAUGCUACAGCGGAUCUCAUCCCUGCUCAGUGAUAGUGGACGGUGCCAGAACAGUCACGGUGACAGCCCUUCUCCCCCAGCAGACAUACUCCUCCCAGACUACCCUGACCGGACUCUGACACUAGAGGGUGCCACAGACCCUGCCUCCUUCAACAGCCUCAGUAAAGACAGCAUGGAGGUGGAGGAGCUGGUGUUCUCCACUGAGUGGGGAGUGGAGGACAUAAUGACCUGUGAUAUACCAGGAGACGACAUCUUCAAUGUGGAAGAGGAGGCAGUUCCUCCUGUAGAUGUAACGUUAGACAGAAGGCAUAGUCUGAGCAGACUGAACCUCCAUCCUCAGUUCUACAGUAAUGAGGACAACCAAUCAGUGCCCUCUGUAUCUGAGAUCCAAGUGGAGAGUCACAACUUCCUGACACCUGACUAUGAGAAAAUGGACUACUACAAGGAGGUUACUGACAAAAUCAUGCACGCACCAAGUGUGAGUGACGUGUGGAGCAUCAUGCCUGGAGGGGACAAAUCAGGGAACAUCCGCCCCCAGACCUCCACCUUCUCUGGGGCUGUUGCUGCCUCAUCUCACUGCUUCCUGGAGCUGGAGCCCUUACAGAGGGCAUUCGACCCUCCACCGCUUGAGGAUUCAGUGGAAUGUUUCCGCCGGGACUCCCAGGAUGCAGUGGACCAACCGGAGAUCCUGACCUCCUGUGCACUCACUGAGACCACCCAGGAUCUGCUCUCUGAGCUCCACCAGACCUUCUGCUUCCUGGAGGAGCUGGGAGACGCAGGCUCCAGUGGCCCAGAGACAGAGAGAGGCUCUACCCUGGAGGGGGAGCAAGACAGUGGGGCUUCCGGGAGGUACAUCAGGUCCUUCUCUCUCCAGGACUCCUCUCUGCUCAUCCCCCUGCAGAGGUCCGCACGCUCCAGACAGCUACAGGUUCCUGGGGUGUCUCUGUCCCCUAGGACUAGCCCCAGCCGCACCCCCCAGCUCAACCCCUCCUCAGCCCUAGAGACAUCCAGGGAUAGGUUACCUGGAGGGGGGAAGGCCUCGCACAAGGAGGAUGCAUCAUGCUUCAGAAGCACUCCAGAGGAUAGGCUAGGCCAUUGUAAGCUGGGCAGCUGGUGGAAACAAGCCCUGGAGACCCGGAGGGCAUCCACUGGCUUACUCCCUGCCAUAGAGCAGGUAUCCACGAUCUCACAAGAAAAGAGGGCCUCUCUCGUCCCAGGGCAACCCUACUCCCACAGUACGAUCAACUUCCAGGAGUCUCCGGCCAAGCAGAGAGGAGACAAGUGGGAGGUCAAACAGGUACAGGCGGAGAAAGAGGAGCUGCUGGGACGGAGGGGCUCUGGGAAGUUGCCCCACCAGCGAGUGGAGCAGGACUUGGCGAGCCAUAGGGGAGCCAGAGUGAAGAAGGGCAAACGGGUGAAGAAGGCAUGAGGACAUCCCGUUACACAUCUAUACUGUCAUUCUGUAGAGUGACGAACAAUCAGUGUAUGUGUGUAAGAUGUAUAAUUGACCAAAUCCUGUAUGGUAUUACUGUUGUGCUACACUUCAAACCACUGUACAUUUAGUCAGGUGCAGACUGUUAUUAAAUGUUUUUUACUUGGCAGAUACAAAUAUAUAUUUCUCACUGAAAAGAUUUGUUGUUUGUCACAGUAAUGGCUCCACAGUAAUGUCUCCACAGUAAUGGCUCCACAGUAUGCAUGGACAGAUAAUCCAAAUGGUGUGGUUGCAUCUAAACACAUGACGUUUGUCUUUUAUCUAAAAAAAGAUUCCAUUUGAUCGUCACCGUGGCUGUCAUGGAUGACCAAUGGUGCAGUGACCUUAGUACACCACAUCACCUAUACGGUCACCUCACAUCAUCACCUCU